AUCGCCUCCUUGCUGAUCAGCUUCGACCGACACACUGAUUGGCUUUCCAAGGAGGUCAAGAUCAGGCCGAAGAGCGGGUCCAUGCUGCUGUACUCAAGAAAGAAGGUGAGAUACCGACGCGACGGGUACUGCUGGAAGAAACGUAAGGACGGCAAGACUACCCGAGAGGACCACAUGAAGCUCAAGGUCCAAGGCAUCGAGUGCAUCUAUGGGUGCUAUGUGCACUCUGCCAUCCUGCCCACCUUCCAUCGCAGGUGCUACUGGCUCUUGCAAAACCCUGACAUUGUCCUGGUGCACUACCUGAACGUGCCCUACCCAGAUGACAACAAGUUGGUGAUGGCCUCCAGCAUCUCCCUCUGGGCAGAUAAAAAGGAGUGGACCAAAGAGGAGCUCAUCAGCCAGCUCAAACCCAUGUUCUUCAGCGAGGAUGAGCCGGACCUCAACAACGAACUAGAGAUUUCGCCUUCGUGUGGAGGCCGGGUGUACAGCCAGAUCAGCAAGACGGCUGAGACAGUGGAGGCUAUUGUGGCUCAGCUGAUGGAGAAGCAGCGGGUGGCACGUGCAGCGGCAGCAGCAGCAGCUGUAGCCAAUAAAAGUGGCGUAGAGUGUGGGUGUGGUGCUGGUGUUGGCGCUGAACAUAGUAAGCAGUGUACACUACACCCUCUGCGCAGACUGGGUGUGGCCAAGUUACCCCAUCAUCAUCACCACCACCAUCACCAUCACCACCAUGAGUCUGCUAACACUGUUACAUCAUCCCGUCAGGCACUGGUUGCCAUGCCUGCACCCUCUGACAGUGACAACAAUCAGGGAAAUGUGAGUUAUUUCUAUCCUGGAGUGAAGUGCCUGGUUCUUGAGGUGUCGUCAACGAGUGGGCCAGGUGGGUGCGUCACCCCCCAGUACCAGGGCGUAACUCAGGAGGGGGCCCGCCCACCAGAGCCCCCACCCUCUACCAGCAACACCACUAACAACAACAACAAUAAUAAUAACAACAAUAACAGCAACAACACUACGCCCAACAACAAUAACAACAAUCUCAACACCACCACAGCCCCGCUAAUCCUGAACCUGUCCAACAUCCAGGGCGGGGGCGGGCUGCUCAUCCUCAACAGUGGUGGGGGGGGUGGACACCACCCUUCUCCACAUCCCCCACUGGCUGGCCCCCUCACGCUCACAUCAUAUUUGGGCCAGCCCCAUCCAAUCUCCACUGCUGCCUCCAUCGUCCAUGGACCGCCGCUCGUUCCACACUCCACCCACGUAGCGCACCUCCACCACGCACCACACCACCACCACCAUCCUCACCAUCACCACCAUAUGCACCAGCAACAACAACAACAACAACACCCUGCCCAGCAUGGACCACAGCAACAACAGCAUGGGCAGCAACAAGGUGGUCCACCACCCCAGCAUAAUGCAAAUCUGUUGGUAAAACGAGAAGGUGACAAAGAUGUGAUGGAAAGUCUCAAGUUGGAUGCCACCAAUGGUAAUCUUGCUCUUGACUCUGGUACCUUUGCCAAUCUUGUGUCUAGUCUUGAGGCUGGAGAAGCAAGGACAAAUCAACAGCAGCAGCAGCAACAACAAUCCCAGUCACAACAACAGCAACAGCAGCAACAACAUCAACAACAGCAAACGACAAAAGAUACCUUUUUGGGCAUAAAGGCUGAAUUAUCCGAACUGUCGGUGGAGAAGACGGAACUUUUUUCAAAUACGUUAGAUCUCUCUCCUGAUGACAUUCAGAAAACUCUAUCAGCCAACCUUCCCCCAGGGUCAUGUAGCCGCAAAACACCCUCCUCUGCUGAUGUCAAUCCUAUGGAUUUUAUUGACAAUGACAUGACCUCACCUGAGGAUGAUGUUCUUGCCAAUCUUGAUGCUUUUGACAUGCUGAGUGAUUUUCCUGAUCUGGAUCACUAUGACACGUCCCCUCCAGACAACCUGAACAGCAACAAUAGCAACAGUAGCAGUAGCAGUAGCACAAACAACAGUGGCAAGUCUGUAACUAAUCAGAGUCAACAGACUACGAGGAUGGACUACCGUGAGAAUACUGCCAAUAUUACUGACUAUUCUCCAGAGUGGGCAUAUCCAGAGGGAGGAGUAAAAGUAUUAGUGACUGGUCCAUGGUACAGCAGCUCCUCCCCAUACACCGUUCUGUUUGACGGUGUACCCACAUCAACCACUCUUGUUCAGUCAGGUGUUCUACGCUGCUAUUGUCCAGCACAUGAGGUUGGCUUGGUAACUCUUCAGGUUGCCUGUGAAGGUUUUGUCAUCUCCAAUUCUGUGAUAUUUGAGUACAAAAAGCCUCCAUCCGAUGAGAACAAAGUCAAAGAGUUGAUGGGUUGGUUCCCACAGGAGCAGGUAGUCCGGGAGCAGGACGAGCACCUUCUAAAGUUCACUCUGCUACAACGGUUAGAGACUAUGGAAACAAGGGUCCAAGUCUGCCCCGACAGCCAGAAGAGCCCAUCCAAUUAUGAAAGUGAUGUCAUGAUGCACAAAGCUCAUAAUUUUGAGGAGCGAGUUGUAUUAUAUUGCCAGAGGAUGAGUGGGAAGCAGUGGUUGAGUAUGGACCAAGGGUUUGCUGCAGGCUUACCAGAAUUACACGGCCUCACUCUCCUACACUUAGCUGCUAUGCUUGGAUACUCAAGGUUAAUUGUGGCUCUCUUGCGCUGGCGGGAGGAGAACCCAUCUUUGGUGCUGGAAUGUGAAGUAGAUGCUCUUCGACAAGAUUCUCGUGGUUGUACACCCUUGAGCUGGGCCUGCUCACGUGGACACCGUCACACUGCUCUUCUCCUGUAUCGCUGGAAUUCACAAGCUUUGCAUUCUAAAAAUCAACUUGGACAAACUCCUUUACAAUGUGCUACCAUCAAUGGCCAUCAUGUUUUAGCAGAGGAAUUGCAGCAACUGGAGAGACAAAGGACACAGACAGGCAGUAUUGAAGGACUGCAUCUCUCUCUGUCCUCUUCUUCCUCCAGCACACAGCUUUCUACCUCCACCACCUCCUCUACCUGCACCACCUCUGGUGUUAGUCCUAGUCUGACAGUGUCCAACACUGCUCACCAGCCACCCGACGUGUUCCUUCGGCCCUCCCCACGCAGAUGUGACUUUAGAAAACAACGGCACUUAAGCGUAGAUCUACCCUUAAGCAGUGAACAGGAUUCUGGGCGACCGGUAGGCUGCCCAUCCCCAGCAUCAUCUUGGAGUGACACUUCUGUUCGACGCGGAAGACUUAUCAAGAGACCUUCAGUUGACUCGGGAAUCAAUUUAGCCAAUGUGGACACAUACAAGAGGACAAGCUUAGAUUCUGGUCUUGAUGUAUUACAAAAAUAUUCAAGGGGUGAUGGUGCCAGUCCUCAGAUGUCAACACCUUCUUUAGUUCUGGAUAAUCCUGGGGAAGACAUUUUAGAUUCACCUAUGCCCUUCCAGUUUACUCCAGGUGGAAGCUGCCAGCUCCAGACAGAGGGAGAGGAGGAGGAUCACUCAUCCCUCAGAGGAGUGGAUAGCAGCUAUGCCAGCCGUCGAGAGUCACUGAGUUCAGAGAUGGCAGGUUUGGCCACCCCUGAUGAUAGCAGGGUUCUUACCUUGGCUGAACAGAUUAUUGCUGCUCUUCCUGAAAGAAUCAAGAGUGAUGGAGAAGAACUUAUGCAGCUAGAGUCUAGCCCUGUUGCUCCUGAUCCACCAUCUUCUGACUUGGACAUGGAAGUAAUAUUGGAUGAGCCACCCGAUACAACACCAGAAUUUAACUUUGAAUUUUCUGAUAUUACUUCCUAUAGGUAUAUUGAUGUUGGGACUCCCAGUUCAUCUAUGAGUCCAUCCUCCUCCAGCUGCCUGCCAUCACCUGCCUCCUUCACUCUGGAGAGUCCUUCACCACCACCCACUACAGCAGACUUUUCAGAAUUUUUCCAUGCCUCCACCCGGGACUUUUCUAGAGAUUUCUCUAAUCUCACUUUAUCAGAUCGUGAGCAACGGGAACUGUAUGAGGCUGCCAAAACAAUUCAGAAAGCAUACAGGCUCUACAAAGGACGUAAGCGACUCCAAGAACAAGAUAAGGAGAGGCAAGCUGCUAUCGUCAUUCAAAACUAUUAUAGGCGUUACAAACAGUAUGUGUACUUCAGGCAAAUGAGUCGAGCUGCAACAUUAAUUCAGAAUCAGUUUCGAUCUUACUGUGAACACAAGCGCUUUAAGAAGAGCCUAGAAGGAGGUGCACACCCCAAUGUUAAUUUCUCAUUAAGGGGAUCAAGGGAAACUACCCCCAUUCCAACAUUAAAGCGGACAUACUCCCAGCGCCGGCAGCACCAAGCUGCUCGUAAGAUCCAGCAGUUUAUGCGCCAGACCAAACAAAAAGAGAGCGAGCGCAGGCAGCAGAAAGAGAGAAAGUGGGCCAGGGGUGUCAGGCGGCGGGCCAGGGGUGCCAGGGACCAGCAGUGGGGGCAGCAGCAGUUCAGCAACCCCUCCCUCCCCUUCUCCAUCAGCUCCCUCCAGCACGGGCGGGCCCCUCAUCGGAGCACUCCCACCGCGACACAGACCCUUUGCUCUCGAGCACAGCCCAUGCACCUGACCAAAAUGACCAUCAGGACUGUCAUUGAAGCCAUCGGAUGGGAAAAUUGCCAAGUAUCCGUGGAAAAAGGCAAGUUGAAUCUCAAACGCCGAUGCUCAAGCAUUUCUUGCGGACAGGACCUGACGAGACUGAUGAGUGUUCAAAGUGGUGCAUCAAUACAGUGGACAGAGCUGCCCAGAGCUCUCUGAUACGUGAACCUCCACCUGGCACUUUGUAACUGCACGGACUGUGGAUAUUAGCGAUGCAGGAAUAAGGGACAGUAAACUCUGCCACUGUGUGUGUGUGCUCCAGCUCUAGUGACCUUAACAAGUCAAAACAUUUCAUUUGCAUAUUGUGAUUUGCCUUUCUGAUAGCAAAGCUACAGUAAUUUUAGUGCAUGUGUAAGGAUUUUUUUAUGUGAAUGGUUAUAGAGAAUAUGUAUUAUGCUGCAAAUCAACCAGUCUAAAUUCAUCAGCAUUCAUAACCUGCUGAUUCCAAGCUACCAUCACUGCCUGUUAUGAUUUUGCUUAAAAAGAGGUUUAGCUGAACACAUAUUGUUGCUUACAUCCCCAAAGAUUAAAAUAAGAUGUAUUAUACAUAAUAAGAAUGCCUAAGUUUAUUGUCUCACAAUGGAUGAUUUGUAUUAUUGAUUUAUGAAUGACUACCUCAUUUGAAAAGUAUUCAUAUUAAUUGGCAUACAUGAAGUAGCCAUUUUAGUAAAGUUGCUGAUUUGAUUCUUCAUGUACUUCGUUAUGAAAAAAUUAUCCAGUAAACCUGCUGGUAUAAAAGUUCCUUUGUUAAACUAUUUGUAGGCCAGAGCUGGAUUGGGGGAGACUUUAAAGUGUGAUAUUUAAGUUAAGAGUAAUAGUUCUUAACACUAACCAUUGGAUAUUGAGUGAAUAAAGUUCCAUUUGCACAUGGUUAUGUGAGUGAUAAAUAAGAAAGAGCCUCUAGAGGUGCAUGAACAACUUUAUCCAGCUGAAUAUUGCUCUCUGUGGAUAGUAGCAGCAUAUAUCUGAUGGGGAAUUGCUUUUUGAAAGAAUGUAGUCAGUUUUUUUUUAUCUUCACUGUUUUAAAGCAUUGUACAAAUUAUUCCAUGCAUCACUGUAGCCAGAAUAGUGCAUAAAACUGGAAGGCUUAUAUGGCAAUAAUACUGCAUAAUGUUAUUGGAGAUAAGUUCUUCCAUAAUAUUCCUUUGGCCUUAAUAUUUGUUUGAAAACAUGUAUUUAACAAAAUAUUUAUAAAUAAUUACAUUGUCAGAAGCAAACUAUUUUUAAAAUUGAUAUACUUGAUAUUCAGUGUCAUCAGAAUAGAUGGAAGGUUUUUCCCUUAUAUUUUGACAUAUGAAUUUCUUAUAUACUUAGAGAAAGAUAGCUUGAGCUAAUGUGCUUUCAGUGAGCAAUUGAUACAGUUGAAACAGGUAAAGCUUAUACUAUAUACUACAGUAUAUAUAUAUAUA